AUGGAAAGUGUGUGUGACUGUGGCGACCCAGUUGAAAUGUCUGCAGCUCGUGGAUAAUGGAGGCGUCGUAAACUUUAAGUUGGCUGAUCAUUUUGUCUUUGAUUUUGUUCCGUGAUUCAUCGUUUUCAAAUAUGCGCGUGAGGUAAAAGUGAAAUGCCUCAGUGGUGUCGUAAUCAUUGAAAUUUGCGGCCAUAUCCCGUUGCGACCAUGAUGCAGCAAAUGCGUGGAACUCGAAGACACGAAAGCAAUCUUCCACAGGCCCUUCGUCUGCUGAUCCGGUGUACUUGGGUAUGUCCAAGGCUUGCGGUGAUGCGGUCAUGAUGCUGGAGUUCAUGCUUUGCCGGAAAGAGGAGAGGGACCCACGUAAGUGCCUCGCUGAAGGCAGGCAGGUGACCAAGUGCGCCCUCGAGUUCUUCCGCAAGGCGAAGAAAGCCUGCCGGCCGCAGUAUGACGACUACGCACACUGCCUCGAGUGGAGCAGCAGUGAAAUGCACUACCACCAUUGCCGGAAAACCCAGGCCGCAUUGGAUGGCUGCAUGCUUGACAAGCUGGGCAUUCAACGGCCGCACCUUGGGUACUUUGCGAUGCCUCGCGUUCACCACACUGAGCGACCAAGGCCGGAAAAGGGUUACCGUGACGACUACCCUGCGACGCCGAAAGUGGAAGACGACUUUCCCAGGCACCCUGCAAAGCACGGCUUGCGGUCCAUCAUUUCAUAACCGUUGGAGGUACAUUGUAGCACACCUGCAAUAGAUCUUCAACAUCGUUACUAGCGGAUAGCUGUAGAAAAUAUGGACAUAAAGCUUCUUCAGGUUGAA